AUGGAAGAAGUCUUGGAAGACCUAAAUGCGGCUACACUCCGAUACAUGAAUCACCCUGAUCCAACAGAAAGUGCAGCAAGGAAACAACGUGUCCUCUUAAGCGAAAUGGAUGGCACGGUGGAGGAAACUGCUGCUGGUAUUUUUCAAGCAAAUGCUCUUGCAGCAGAUCGGGCAGCACAAGCUCUGGAAACAAAUACAGUACAGAGAAUGGAGAAUCAGGUUGAGUCGCCACCUGAGGUUACUUUACCCGUGAUCUCGCUUGCAGUGGCGGGUAAGAAGAGAGGACGUCCUCCUAAGAAUAAUGAUAAAGGUCUACCUAAACCCCCAUUGGCGCCAGGGACACACAAGAACAGUCCCAUAAAUGUGUUCGGCAAGGACUCACUCGCCAACGCAGUCAGGACCUUCUAA